UUUGUACAUCCAGGAGGCCGCGGCUCGCGAGUGGGCCUAGUCGGGUGAAAGUUGGUAAGACGGCGCAAGAAGCUAACUGCUAUCCAACUGUCUGGGUAAAAAGAGACUUUACGUCAGCAUUCUUGCUACACCGCACCCAGGAGAACAAAUUAAGUGAUGGCAACGUGUGCGGACUCGGAUGUCCCUGUGUCGUUUGUUGAGGGAAGCACGAAGGAAAACGACGACGUUACGAAUGAAGAUGAUUGUGAAACUCUGCACUUGUCUGGGGGAAAUUCGAAAACGCCACCCAAUAGUCCCACAAGGCCCUGCAGUAACGCCAGUGCAGCUAGCACAAUCGUUGUCGUUACGACUCCUAAAGGUGCUAAGAGUAAAGUGCCGCUGGCUAGAAAACUCCUGACUCCAAACCCCGAUGGCGAAGAUCCAGAUGAUAUCAUGGAAGAGGCAGAGGUGUUACCUCAAAUACAUAUUUCAAAAAAAUCGUAUUCUUUUGAGGAAAGGGUGGCCCUUCACUGUGAUAAGAUGAUUGGACCUUGUUCGGCUGAAGAUGCAGAUGAAGCCAUCAGCUAUUACAUUACAGACAAACUUGUCGACGCUCCGUUCUGGACAGCAGUGUGGAAAACAGCGCCUGAAGUUUUGCUUGUAACAUCAAACAGUGACAUUGGAGACUUGCCAUUCAUUGGCGUUCUUGUCGAGGUAAACUGCACGGGAUGUGAAGGGAAAUCACUGCCUCUUCGAGUUUCAGUGUCUGUUGCUGAACCAUAUUCCUCCAAUAUUGCCAAUCUGCCACGAGAACUUGUGGAAGAUAUUUUGAGGGAACACGAUCACACUGUGCCAAUCCUUGACGUCUAUCCAGUUGAGGGCCAGGAUCCUGAUGUAGACAACAUUGCAGAGGCUUUGGAGCAUGCAAGGUUUUUCUAUGAUUUUCUCUGGAGAGAUUGGGAUGAUGAAGAGGAGUGUGAUGAGUAUGCUGGACUCAUUGAGAAACGCAUACAACUACACUACGACAUCCAGGAUGGAACAAUUCCAGGGCCAAUUAGCGAGCGCUACAGACGGACUCUGGAAGAAUACCGCAGCAAGAGGCUGGAGCUCACCAAGUUCCAGUCCAGCAUCAGAGGGGACGCCUCACCCGGGGAGGCUGUGGAGUGCUGGAAGAAAUACUACGAGAUGUCCAUGCUCUGUGGCCUUCUGAAGUUCUGGGAAGAUCUAAGACUUAGAAGCCAUGGGCCAUUUUACCCCAGAAUCUACAAGCGCAGAAAAGGACAGAGACUGAAUGGAAAGAAGGUCACUCACAUAGUGGCACAAAUGAUGACUACAGACAUGAUCAAGAGCUUUGCUGAGGACACGCUGAUUCAGCAGCACGAGACGCUGCCUGAGGCUCUGGAUGCAUGUUACUCCGGAGACGCAGUGGUCAUUUUCCCUGGGGACUACAAAGCCGCUGCGCUGGCGUCUCUCACUGAUGACAUCACCAUCAAAGGGGCUGGAGAGCGGCAAGAGGUGGUGAUCAUCUCCCACCCGUCCCAUGACAACUUUGUGGCCUCCAAAGCUGCUCAGGUUACGCUGCAGAACCUGACCCUAGUGCAGCGUGGCACAUGCGAUGGCAUCGUGGUGGUGGAGUCAGGCCGCAUGACUCUGGAGAACUGUGUGCUCAGGUGCGAGGGCACAGGUGUGUGUGUGCUGACCGGGGCGUCACUCAUCAUGUCCAACUGUGAAGUCACUGGUGCACAGGGAGCAGGGAUAGAGCUCUACCCAGGAAGCUGUGCAGAGCUGAAUGGAAAUGAGAUACACCACUGCAGCAACCCCUCCACCAAGGACAUUAAGAGCGCCCUCGGAGGCAUCAACAUGAAGGUCCUUCCUCAGCCCCAGCUGAAACUGUCUAACAAUCACAUCCAUGACAACCAGGGCUAUGGGGUGACUAUCCUAGUGCCUGACAACAGCCCCUGCAGUGUGACUCCCGAUGAGCCGGAGUGCACGGCCGCAGGAGACAAGAGUGAGACAGGCCAACUGUCCAAGGCCAUCCAGAACCUUAGUCUGGAGAUGAGCACUAACAAGUUAGAGUCCAACAGCAUGGGAGAAGUAGGCCUUCUGCACAAGAUGUGGACAAUUGCUUAAACUUGCGACUUUGAAAAACUGUCGAGGGUAACUGAACA